ACCCACUCCAUUCUUGCUUGUUCUCUCCCUCAGCUACCUCAGAAAUGUUUUGGAGUCGCACGUCGUGGGUAGACUGUCCGUCACCAAGAAGAGUCGUUGCAUUCAGAUUGAUUGUCGGUAUUCAGUUGGUAGAUCACGCACUUUACAUCGUAGUCACUACCGGUUCGAGCGUGCAGAUGUGGCAUGUACCUCGAUUCCAAUAGAAGCUAAUAGUCCGAAGAAGUCUCUUGGCAUGGAGAGGGCUGUUUAGGAUGGUGCAG